GAACUUACGAUCGUUGACGUCGACGUCGCCGUCACAAUUGCUGCAAAUAAUGAAAUUUUUACAUCAAUUUUAUUGGCACGAGUCACGUAAUUUGCAGCUUCGUUUGUGUAUCUUCGAGCCCCAUUACGAUCGCCGACCAGGACUAAUAUCUGCGACGAGGUUGUGUAAAUGUUACUAUACACGAUAGAGAGAGACCGUAGACCGAACACAUGUCAGCUGUUGAAUACUCUCACCAGGCAACCUGGAACACGUCAUCGUCAUCGGAUUGAUUGUCUCGCUAGCUCGUGUUCGUGAAAAGAGAGAUGAAUUUCGGUGCUCGCGUUCUGAUUCUCAUCGUCCUUCCCGGCGGCUGCUGGCUGCUGCCUGUAUCAACGACGAUGGUGGUUCUCGACUCUCGUGUACCGGAUUACAUAUUUUACUCUUGCUCCUCUCCUGUGGUUCGAUUGAACUACGAAGACGACGUCGAAAGGUGUCACGAUCAUUGUGAAGAUGUAGGAAGUUUCAGUUUACAGUUUCCCCUCCGGCGCAGUGUACGAAAAAAACCGCUUCAUUGUUUCUCUUUCAAGAGGUGUACGAACUCCAGCCAUUCCUCUACCUUUCACUUUAUCUACUACAAGGUGGUGUUUUCAUUAGGCGGGAAAAAUUACUACGUUGUGUAGCGGUAUUGGUGCGGAUUUUGGUGCUGUCGGAGGUGGAUUUAUAUUGAUCGAACGAAUCGUACGAAAAAGUCCAUCUUAAAUGUGCACUUACACAAUGGAGUCCAUUGUGGACCCUUGCGAUUCGGCCGAUACCUUGGACCUGGAUCCAGAUUGGCUGAACAAAUACAUGGAAACGGAAAACGUAUUCUUAGACUAUUUGAAAUCGCUCACAUUUACCUCUCCGUCCAACGUAGACAUGGCGGAUUCCAUUUUACCCGAAUACGACGGCUCCGAGAACGGAUUCGAAGCCUUAGAUAAUCUGUGCGAACUGCUAGUUUCACUAUGCGAUAGUCAAUUAAACCGUCACGAGUCUAUCGAGUCAACUUCCACUGUACCGAGUCAAGAUUCCAAGAAACUCGAGCCCAGAAAUAAAAGAUCCCUUAAGUGUUUAUCUUCUCAUUAUGGUAAAGAAUUACAGGUCAAACCAAACCGAGCCCGAAGUCACUCGAGUGUCGGAGUCGACGAAAUUCUCAAAACUCAUCACGAUUUGGCUGAAAUCGCCUCAUCGGAAUCUAGACGUAAAUCGCGACGCGUCUCUUUGGGCAUGCGACCUAAAUUUUCCAAUUGGUCUAAAGUCAAAGGAGCUUUUAAACGGGAUAAGUCAACCGGACGAGCUGAUUCCAGAGAUGAUUACGUCGAUGUGAUGUGCUACAGCGGUGACGAAACUGGUGAGAAAAUCGAUCCUUACUCGUCCUCCAGUCAUGAAAAUACCGGACAGUUGUCUUCCAGCGAAGAAGAAUUCGAGUUUUAUACCGAUGGAUUUUUUAACGAAGCUGGAAUUGCCUACCAAGUGGACGAUAUCAGUUCCGACUACGGAGCCAAUGGCACUCCUGAGAAUACCCUUAUGAAGAGUAAAUCGGCGAUGCUGCAACCUCAAAGCCAUAAUGUGAAGCUUUGCUACAGUCCGAAUGUCAACAGUGGCUCUCAUAAGAAUCCUUUCAAAUGGUACAGAACCAAGAGCAUAACACCUACUGGUAUCGAAAACGGUAUACAAGAAGCUGUCUCAACCCCUCCCAGUCCUUUCAAAAGUUCCAGAUUUUUAUACGAUGAUGAAUCAGUUUCCAAAAUGAACGACGACGCUUCCGACCUCACCAACCCGGACGAAAUCUUACAAGAAGUACAAAACAAAUACGAAUCUCUGCAGAAACGCCUGUCUCGCGAAUUUUACGAAAAAUACCACGACUGGAGGAAGCUACGAGAUGGAGCAGGCGCCAACGACGAAGACGAUAAAACACUGAUGGAAUUCGACGCCUCCAAACUAGCGCCUUAUCUAGAAGAACGUAAUCUGACCCCCGGGUUCAAGCAGAAAUUUCAAGAAUGGCAGAAACUCAAAGGAUUAUCCCUAUCGCCGACUAGAACAAAAAUUAAUAAGAACGAGAACCCCAAUACGUUGAAGAAAUCCAAGAGCGAUUGGCAUAAAUGGAGACCUGGCAGUAAAUCUGAAAGCAACGUGUUGAGAUUUUUGGAUAAAGAACAAGGUGCUAAACCAAAUCCUCCGGAAAAGAAAGAACUCGCUUGGUUGGAGAAAGAAUUACAGAAGGUGGCCAGGGAGAAGCAAAGGCUGGAGAAAGAGAAGGAGAAGUAUGCUGAAAGAGAAACCAGACUUCAAAACAUGAAACGAGCAAUCAAAUCGGGCCGCAAACGAAAACAAGAAGUAGUUGUACCUACAUCAACCGGCCUGUACCGAUUUCAAGGUAUCUCUUCAAAAUUCACGAGGAAAUUAUACGAAUGGGAAAAAGCCAAAGGGAUUACCGCCGAAUCGUCAACAUUCGCUCUGCUCGAUCCGUACUACAGCGGGCCAAAAAUUCAAAGAAACGUUAAACCACAAAUCAACGAUACAAUAGCAUCGCUGUCAAGAUCACGAUCCGUAGGCAGCGUGGAUGUUGCAGGUGUUGGCACGUCUAUCUUACAAUCUGCUUCUGUGAAUCAUCAGCAGUCUAGUCUUUCUUUAAACGAUAUGGAACAAUUAGAAGAAGCUCAUUUACAAGUGGAGAAUGAUAAUCUUAUGCGGAGUACGGAGCAACUUUUUGACAACGACGAUGAAAAAGAACUUGAUCUCAUCACUAACGAAUCUUUAGAUAUUCCAGAUUACAAUAAAAACCAUGAUAUCUCGCGUAACAUUCCCAUAUUAAGUUCCUCAAACAACCCUUUGCAUGAUUCGGCCUUGAUAUGUGCGGCUAAUUAUUCGAAACAAGUCCGAGACGAUCGUAAGUUAUCAGACGGCUACGGUACCGAUUCGGAAAACCUGUUCUGCGGGUACUCGGGUGAUACAUUGUACGAGAUGUCAUCCGAUAAACGGCAACGAGACAGAGACUCAGCUAACGCGGACGCCGAAAGCAUCGUGAAUCAGAUAAAGAAGCUAAGAGCUGGUACAUCGGUAGACGACGAAGACCGUAUAAACACCUUAACCAAUCUACAACACCUAGCCGAUCAACUUCUAGAAAUGGUCCAUAUAAUGAAUAAUAAGAAGAACGAAAAUGUCGACGAAUUGGCCGGCAGGAUAGCCGAAUUAGCUGUCGAGCUGAAGAGGGAAAUUAAGAAUUUGACUUCGGACGAACUUCAAUCCGAAAAACAAAAGAAAAUUUCUGGUUCGGGAGUCGGCGGCGGUGGUGGCGGUGGCAACGGGGGCGGAUUCUUCUAUCCCGAAGACGUGUACACGGAUACGGAAGGAAACGAGAACGACUCGCCAACGGUUCACUGCACGUUCACCCUACCUUCGUGGCGAGUAAAACACACAACGCCGUCGAGUACGGAAUCGGAAUCUUCGAAUACGAGAAACAAAUACCACCACGCAGAUGCUAAACCCUCGAAAAGCGACCGCCACCGUAAUAAACACUACAAAGAAGCAGAUAACUCUUCCGGCGGAGACGAGAAUUACGACGCGGGAGACGAAACAACCGUUUAUCUCGAUUUACGUAAUAUUUGUAAUAAAAAAGACGCCGCCAUUAUCGGCAUCGGCGCUGGCAGCAGACGCGAGUCCAGCGAUAAUAUUAGCACCAGUAAUUCCGAAUCGUUCCUCAGCAGCGAGCCUAAGAAGACGUACGCGAUGAAACAUUACGAGCCAGUCGAUAACGACGACCAAGUUUUGUAUUGUUCUUUGACUCUCGAUAGUCAUAAAGGUAACGAGAUCAAGACUAAUUACAGUCGAGAGAAGAGAAGCAAUGUGAACGAGUCCAGCUCGAAGACCUCUCAGAUGCAGUACGAAGUGUCCGGGGCAGCUUCAGGAGAACUAGAUAAAUCGCUAACGUCCGAUAAUGAAGAUGAGGCUUUCAAAACCGAAGUCCGAAGCUAUUCGCCGAAACCUCUAUCAUCGAAACGAAAAUGCACUUCUUGCGGUAAAAUCAAACGUAUCUCGAAAUCACGCAAGUCUUCCAACACCUAUUGCCCUUGCGGUAAAAAGGAAACCAGCGCCAAGGUUGACGUAAAGGGUAAAAAAACAGUAGUACCCGAUUUAAUACCUAAUCGAACUCUCGAACCGAUCGAUUUAAACGUAGCGAAAUCAGCAUCUUAUUCGAAUAGCGAAGAUUUAUGCGCGACUAAUCGAAAGUUAGGUAAAAUAUCCAGAUCAAAAGUAUACGAUUUUAAAUCUAUGACCGAUAUCGAUAAAUCGAGCACAGUCAGCGGUGACAUAGGGUGCGGUUCGGAUAAAAAUCUGGUCAACGUUAUCGUACCUACUACUCGUAAAAUAUUCGCUCCUUUGCAACAAGAUGAAAAUGGAGGUGCUUCUGCUGUGGUCAGUUACACGGUCGACGAAUGUAACGAUGAUAUUAAAAACGAUGCGAAGAACGAUGAAAAAGAUCGAGAUCCGAAAUUCAUAGCACCUCCUUGGGUCUCCGAUCGAGCCCAGUCAGCGUCUCCUUCGACUGGUCGUAAAGAUAACAACAGAGACGAAGAUCCAGAUUCGGGUUCUCGUUGUAGGAAGAAACCUAUUCUAGAAAUGCACGCCAGCGUCAAUAAGUUACCUCCUGCUUCGCCUUUGACCACUAAACGUAAUCUUAAUAAAGAUACCACAGGUGUAGGUAAUUCUAGUAUUAAACAGAUGAUAGCUCAUUAUAAUAAACUGAUGGCUGAGAAACCAGAAAGGAGAUCUUCCGAAGGUAACUGUUGGAGUUCUAAUUUACAAAAAUCUCCCGUCCUGGAACGUCGAUACAGGUUCGAGCAUCUGAAAGCAGAAUCCGAUAUCAACUUGAGGAAAUCGAAAAGCGCCGUAUUGAGUGAUAAAUCUAGUAAAUCUUCCAAGACACCGAUGUCCAGCGCUGAUAACAGUACGAAUUGCUUAUCUAAAUCAUCGAGCGCCGGAUCCAUUCAUUACAUGCCGAUCACGUUGGCAAAAUCGGCUCAGGCUUCGUCGAUCAGUCAGUCUAAAAUGGUCGAUGUUAAAAUAGAAGAACCCAAAAUCAACGAACCCCUUACCCAGAACUAUUCGGCCGACGAAUCGCACAACUCGCAGAUCUCCAUUCUCAGCACACCUUCGUCGUUAUCGCCUCUCGAACGCAAUUCAUCCUUCGAAAGCGUCGUAUCGGAAACAAAGCUACGUAAUUUGAGACUACAAGAAGCUAAAAAUAAAUUUUUCAACGAGUACCCGACUAAAAUAACGAUCGAGUAUUUACCCAAACGCGAAUUCCCCCAGCCUAAUGUGAAACAACCUAGUAAAUUAGAUAAUGCUACUCCUAAGCAAGAGCUAAUAGAUUCGCCGACUAAAGAACAAGAACCUAAUUUUAAUCUUUUGUUGAAUAAAUCCGUCAGUACCGGAGCCAUCGAUGACCGGACGAGAACGUUUAAUUUACCAGUAUGUGAAAAAUCUCCGAGUAAGAGUAAGUUUGGCUUUUCUAGCAUAGCUUCCAAGUUUCGUAAAGUUAAAAUGAGAAGGCACGGGCAUAAGGAUCCGGAAAUGAGCGCUGUAUCUAGUCUAUGCCGAGCUAGUUUAUUGGUUAAUUUAGAUAAAGAUGGUAAACCUAUACCGAAGGAGUAUUAUAACUCGAGUAAGAGUUGUCCGUCUUCGCCGGUUAUGCAGAGGAAUAUUUCGAAGAGGAAUUCGUCGUCGAAUUGAUCUAUAUAUUAUUAUUAUUUUUUUUCAUUUUCACAGUCUCUUUUACUCUCUCUUUACCUUGUGUGUUUUUACGCUUGUUAUCGUUGUUCUAUUAUUAUUAUUAUUAUAUGAAAUAAAUGAAAGUAAUAAAA